UUCCUGAAGCAGAAAAGAAUUCUUCCUCGACUCCGUUCACUUAAAUUCGCUCAUUCGAUACCCAAUUCAAUAACCCACUUAGCCCUCUGCCCCUAGCGGAACCUUCUUGUGAGGCCGGAACCAAUGUGUUGUACGGUGCUAGCGGCCGGAGGACCGUUUUGGUGAAGGACCACGAAUGCUUGGUGAAGGGUUGAUCGGGGCAUUUCCGGGGAGAGAACGCGGCAGUGAGGUCUUCGUUUCCUGAUAUGCACCGACAGAAUUUUCGACCCCCUACCCCUUCUUACCCCGGCCCGGGUGUAGGAGGUUGGGGUAGCGGGAGCAACUUCCGGGGUACUUCUGGCGGAGGCGGACCACGGCCGCCCUCCCCUCGGGACGGGUACGGGAGCCCGCACCACACGUCGCCUUACGGGCCCCGGUCUAGACCCUACGGGAGCAGCCACUCUCCGCGACACGGCGGCAGCAUCCCGGGGGGCCGGUUCGGGUCUCCGCCCCCUGGCGGCUACCCUGGCUCCUACUCCAGGUCCCCCGCGGGGUCCCAGCAGCAAUUCGGCUACUCCCCAGGGCAGCAACAGACCCACCCCCAGGGCUCUCCAAGGACAUCUACACCUUUUGGAUCAGGGCGUGGUAGAGAAAAAAGAAUGUCUAAUGAGUUGGAAAGUUAUUUCAAGCCUUCAAUGCUUGAAGACCCUUGGGCUGGCCUAGAACCAGUAUCUGUAGUGGAUAUAAGCCAACGAUACAGCAAUACUCAAACAUUCACAGGCAAAAAAGGAAGAUAUUUUUGUUAACAUUUCUGAAAUUCAACUGGAAGCCUCAUGUAUCAGGAACAUCUUGGACAAAACUUGUACUUGUGUAAUUAAGUUGAACCCUAACAUGGUGUCUUUGAUUGAAUAAUUAGGGCUUCUUGGUAUUUUUCAUCUUAUCUAAUAUUGUUGGUAUUAGAGAAGGCAUAUGGUAGGAUAAUUUGCAAUAUUUAGCUCUCUGGAAGUGCCUACCACAAAUUAGUAAGAUUUAUAGUCUCCAAAUGGUUAACAUUCUUGGUAAUAUAAUGGACAUUUGUCUUUUAAUGUUUUCCCAGUGUUUUAAAAUAAAACAUUUUGUCUUUCUAGCUAUAUUGUGGUUUCGUCAUAUGCUAAAGAAGUAGAAUUAUUGAAGUAAUGCUUUGUAAUCAGUUAGAAUUCAUAAGUAAAUAUUUUGCCUGCUACUUUUGAAAAUAAAAGAGAUAAACCAUCCUUUGAGCUGUAGACAGUUACAUAUUUGUUCAUAGGAAAAGGGGGGUAAAGGAAGUGAAUAAAGGAGGUUUCUAUUUCUAUUACAA